GCCCGCCUAGCGUCGCCCGCCCCCCGCGCGACACUCAGGGCCCCGCCGGGUGACAGCGAGGAGGGGCUGAUGCCCGGGUCCCUCGGGAACGCCUGCGACCCCCGCCGCGCGCGCCUCCUGGGUCCGGGCUGCGGCGGUGCCGGACGGGCGCGGAGCUGUGCGCGACCCCGAUCGCCGAGUAACCCCAAGAAAUGCCACGUUCCACGAGCAAUGAACUGAUCCUUGGGCUCUUGGUGGGGACAGCCGGCAUCAGCCUCUUCUUGUGGUACUACCGGGGCCGCAGACCUCGGGCCUCAGCCGAGCCACCUGUUUGUCUUCCUCCGGGUCCCACACUCUGGCACCACAAACUUCGCGGAGACCCCGAAGGCAUGGGCAUCUUUCAAGGCCAGCAACUAAACAUACUGGACAAACUGGAUGAACUGGUGACCCAUCUGGAGGCCCUCCGAGAGGAGGUCCGGGCCUUGAAGGAGACCCUCCCAAAACUGGAGGAUUACAUACAAGGGGAACUGGGUGGGAAGACAGCACUACCCAGGGCCAGCCCCCAGCACAGAGCCCGGAAAAGGCGGCCAGUCCCUGGGCAGCGUCCAGCCACCAGCAACAGCUCAGAGGAUGCAGAAAGUGAAGGAGGAUACAACACCGCCAAUACAGACACAGAAGAGCAGAACUUUCCUGUCAUGAAGCAACUCAACACCCACAUAGAAGAAUUAAGCUUAGAUGACCUCCUUCAGAAGGCCGAUCGUUUACGGACGAAUGAUUCUAGCAAGAAGGAAAGUUUUGAACUACUUUAUGACCACAGAGAGAAGUUUAGAGAUGAAAUCGAGUUUAUUUGGCGGUUGGCUCGGGCUUAUGGAGACAUGUGUGAGCUAUCUACGAAUGUAGGUGAGAAGAAGCAUUAUGCUAAUGUCGGGAAGACGCUAGGUGAGAAAGCGAUUUCCCAGGCGCCUACGAACGGACACUGUCACCUGUGGUACGCGGUUUUGUGUGGCCAUGUGUCCGAGUUCGAGGGUUUGCAAAACAAAAUCAACUAUGGACACUGCUUCAAGAAACAUCUAGAUAAAGCAAUCGAGUUCUUACCUGAAGAGCCCUAUUUGUAUUACCUCAGAGGAAGGUACUGCUACGCUGUGUCGAGUCUGAGCUGGAUCGAGAAGAGAAUGGCCGCCACUCUGUUCGGGAUAGUGCCGACCUCAACCAUCAUGGAGGCGCUGCAAGAUUUCCUGAAGGCUGAAGAACUAAAACCUGGUUUUUCUAAGUACAAUUACGUGUUCUUGGCCAAGUGUUACAUGGAUCUCGAGAGCAUACCUGAAGCUCUGAAGUUCUGUGAACAGGCGCUGUUGCUCCCUUGUGUGAGCAGAGAGGAUGAAGAAGCAGGGUCGCAGGCACAAGCCAUGCUACACUCUUUAUUAAAGAGGUAAAUACCAACUUGACUCUCCAGCCAGUCCGAGGUGGUCCUGCUGUGCCCAAGAAGUGGCCUCGGGGCCUGAGCCCAGGGUCCGCAUGUGCGUGCGGGACCCCCGGUUCAAGCCCUGGCACCGCCCACUCUACCCCAGCACUGUCAGGUGCCACCCCUCAGCACUGAGCCCCACUGGGUGUGGCCCCAAAACCAAACUUACAAAAUCAAAAACCAAAAAAAAGAACAGAAGCCAACAGCUGUUGUCGACCGACACUGGCCAGGGCCGUGAUCUUCGUCGACCUUCCCCGUGCUCGCUCCAAGGGUGGCGGGCUCAGACCUGAAAGGAAAAUGUUCCUCUGGGGUGCAACCCAUUCGCACGGGUCACAGUGAAUCACGGUCCCCGAAAGCUAGCUGCUACCAUGUCAGUACAAAACGAUCUUUAAGUAUGUACGCUUUGUAUUUUUCCUGUCAGUAACUAGCAUUUGGACUAUUUCUGAAAAUAAAUUAUGAAACCAAUGUCAUACAAUUCGCUCUGCUGCUUCAGUGAGAACUUUCCAGAUCAAAGAAUCCCCUCGAUGUGAAU